AUGGAGAAGGAAGGGCAGCAGCAGGUCAAUGCUUAUACUGACAAGGACACUGAUUACACUGAUGGUGAAGGCUACAACAACGAGGACUACACUCAAGAGACUGAGACGGCGGCGUCCAAACGCCAAAAACGCCACACCCCAGAGCAGAUCCGAGAACUCAUAAGUGCAUAUCAACAGAAUCACCAUCCCGACGAGCCGACACGACGCGCGCUCGGGGAAAAGAUCGGUUUAGAGGCAAAGCAGGUCCAAUACUGGUUCCAAAACCAGCGCUCACAGAUGCAGGCGAAGGCUAUGGAGCAUAACAGCAAGGCAGCUCAACGACAGAACGCUGCACUUUUGGCCGAAAAUGCGUCGCUCCGUCAGGCCAUGUUAAAAAGGUCCUGCUUCACCUGCGGCGGCGCGACGGUGCCCGCCGAGCUGCUGGCGGAGAACCACCGCCUGCUGAUGGAAAACGCGAGGCUCCGGGGCGACUACAUGCGCGCCACCGAGUUGCUCAACCAGAUCGUCUUACAGCACUCGGCGGCGCCCGGCCCCGCCGUGCAGCGCCCACCAGCAGUCGUCUUCCGCCGCCCCGGCGCCGUGGUGCUGCCCGUCGACGAAGGGGCCAGCAAGCAGGCAGACCGCGACACUCGUCUCCGCAGGCACGCUGAGGCUGCCAUGGACCAGUUCGUCAUGCUCGCGACCAGUGGGGAGCCGCUGUGGCUGCCCACCCCUGAUGGGGAGGCGCUCAGCUACCUGGGGUACCAAAAGAAAGCCACACUCCCGAUGCACCACGGCGGACUCAUCAUGGAGGCUACCAGGGAGACUGGCAUUGUCAGAGCCUUCGUCGCCGACCUCAUCGUCAAGCUUACAGACGCGAAGCGCUGGUGUGAGAUGUUCCCCGACGUCGUGGCGAGUGUGACCACCAAUGGUGCCAUCACCGCUGAUGCAUCUAUGUUCUUUUUGGUCAUUCAACUAACAUUGUGA